UCUCCUCGUUGUUCUUCUUCUUCUUCCUCCGCUCAAGUUUCGACCUUUUCUCUUCUUGCUUUGGUGCCUUCCUUCUCGACGAACGGCGAAUCCGCGGCGGGCGAUUGAUCGGCAAUCGAUUCUUGUUGUUUGGUGAUAGGGUUUUGGCGGCGGGGUACUUGGUUACUCCACUUCAUAGAAAACAAGCUUUGGAAUGGUUGUCUUCGAUAGGAUUAAUUUGAUCAAAUGACAAUCAUGUGCCAUGUCUGUGGAUCAGAUCGGGGAACUCUCAACGGUGUGCAUUGUAGAAUUUGCCAGAGUCCCUUCUGCCAGGCGUGUGAGAAAAGAGACAGCUCUUCUGCUGCUUUUGGUGGGGAUCACAUAGGGAAGUUCUGUGGAUCCUGCUUGGAGAAGCUUGCUAGGGAUUCAUUUAGUGGGAAUAUUUCAAGUUAUCAUGCCUCUACCUUGACUAGCCCGGCACUUUCUCUUUCAAGUUAUGGGAGUUGCACUUCAAGCUGUGGUGAUUUUCAAGUUGACGUCAGUUCCAAACCAAGGGAAGAUGUAGAUGACAACCUAGAUGAAGGUCAGGUUCAUCUAAGUAGAACAUAUUCUGAUUCUCCUUUACAAGAGUAUGCCGAUGGGAAACACAACAAAAAAUAUUGAAGUUCAGGAUUUUCAUGGGAAGAACAUAUUGAAUGGAGUAAAACAUCCAAUGUUUGGGGAACAAGUGAACUCCUCAACAGUGUUAAAUCAUGAUGCUAGUGGUGGUGAGAAAGUUGAGCUCCACUCUAAGACACAUGAAGAUGCUCAGUCCACCACUAGAGCUGGUGAUGAUUCAGAUGGAACAGAUGUUACCUCUGAAAGUGCUAUUCCUCGAUUUUUAUGCAACAUUGAAACAGAUCCGUUGAUCUGGAUACCUCCUGAACCAGAAGAAGGGGAAGCUGACAGUGAUAGUGUUGCGAAUAUUGAUGAUGAUGAUGACUAUAGUGAUGGCACAAAAUGGGGCCAACCUGCUUCUUUGAGCAGUUUUGAUGAAGAAUACAGCAGCAAACACAACUAUAAAGAAAGACGCCAAAAGGCAAUGAUGGAAGCGAUGAAUGGUCAAUUCAAGAUUCUUGUAAGCAGGUUCUUAGCCUCAGAAGGAAUUUCUUUUUCUGAUGGGGAAGCUGGUGAAAGUUGGCUCGACGUUAUGACCUCGUUGUCAUGGGAAGCUGCUUUGCUCAUUAAGCCUGAUGCUAGUCAGGGUCAAGCAAUGGAUCCUGGGAUCUAUGUAAAGGUGAAGUGUGUUGCAUCUGGGCAACGUAGUCAAAGUCAAGUGAUCAAGGGCUGGGUUUUUAAGAAAAAUACAGCUCAUAAGCACAUGCCUACCAAAUACAAAAAUCCUAGGCUUUUACUCCUCAAGGGCGUCCUUGGGCAUUCUGCCACAAGUUUGUCAUCAUUUGUUUCAAUGGAACAGGAAAGGGAUUCUCUAAAAUCCAUCAUUGAGAUGAUUGAGACUUGUCAACCAAAUGUGGUUUUGGUGGAGAAGACUGUCUCACGCGAUAUACAAGAGUCUCUUUUGACUAAAGGAAUAACUCUGGCCUUUGAUAUGAAACUCACGCGCCUAGAAAGAAUUGCUCGUUGUACUGGAUCUGAGAUUAUUUCUUCUGCUGACAUCAUAAUGAAGCCCAAGCUAAAGCAAUGUGAAUAUUUUCACAUUGAGAAAUUUACAGAAGACUAUAACUGUUCUGGUGAAGGUGGAAGGAGGCCAAUCAAGACGUUAAUGUUUUUGGAGGGCUUCUCUAAACCUUUGGGAUGCACGAUUUUGCUUAGAGGAGCCCCUAGUGAUGAACUGAAGAAGAUAAAACGGGUGAUCCAUUACACAGUUUUUGCAGCAUACCAUUUAAUCCUCGAGACUUCAUUCUUUGCAGAUCAAAGGGCAUUUUUUUCUGACUUGAAUGUUGAAGUGAAUAAAUCUCUUUCAGAUAACCAGAAUUCAGGUGGUUAUGCCGUUGAGCCUUAUUCAAGCCCUUCUGAUAUUGAAGCUUCAGCAGGUUCCAUUGCUCCACCAGUUCUAGAAAUUCAAGUUACUGAUGGAUCCCCAGAGAGUUUUCUGUCUGAAGGAGAACACCUUAUUUCUAAUCUUGAUGCUAAAAAUCCUUCAUUGCCUGGAUUUGGGCCUGGUUUUGAUACCACUCAAAAUCUCAAGGACAGAGAUGUAUUCUUUAAACCUAACAGUGGUGAAGUCCAACAGAUGGAUGCAUUUGGCCAGCAUUUGUCUGGUCGUCUGCUUUCAUCUGUCUCUGGUUCUCUUAGAAGAUAUUUGGGGGGCGGCUUCCCACCUCUCACUUCUGAUUCUGUAUUACCUUACAUUGGCUUCAAAGACGAAGUUAAUCAUCAAAGUAUUGAUAUCAUGCCUGUUUCUCCAUCCCCUCAAACACUUUCGCAUGAGAUAAAAGCAAAUGGAAAAAUCAGCCAAUUGAAGUCUGAUGAUGAAGUUGAUAAAAGUGAAAAGAUGGGGUUUUCAUCUGAUUCUAUAAGACCUUUUGGCAACUGCAUGUCUGGUGAAGGAAACAAAGUCGGUGUUCAAAAUAGGGAUGACAUAGAGAGUGUAUUAGAUCCUCAAAGCAUAUUAGUUCUGUUGUCCAGCCAGUGUAUUUCAAAACGGACUGUUUGUGAACAAAGCCACCUCUCUCGAAUCAAGUACUAUGGGAAUUUUGAUGUGUCUCUAGGACGAUUUUUGCAAGAUAUUUUACUAAGCCAGAAACACAGUUGCUCUGCAUGUGGUGAACCACCAGAAGGUCACAUAUACCGCUACACACACCAGAAUGGUAAUAUUACUGUUCUAGUGAAAAGACUUUCCUCAAAAUUAACUUUAUCUGGUGAGGAUGAAGGAAAAAUAUGGAUGUGGACACGAUGCUUGAGGUGUGAGCAUGAAAGUGGGAUUCCAAGAACCUCUCAGAGGGUUGUGAUGUCCACUGCUGCUUGUGGUCUCUCAUUUGGGAAGUUCUUGGAACUCAGUUUUUCAAGCCACUCAGCAGCUAACAGAUUAUCUAGAUGCGGGCAUUCAUUACAUAGGGAUUGUCUACGCUUUUUUGGAUUAGGCUCCAAAGUUGCAAUGUUUAGAUAUUCCUCGGUUGAAAUUUAUGCUGCGUGUAAACCACCACCAGUGAUAGAUUUCUCCAAUACGAAAGGACUAGAGUGGCUUCAGAGAGAAGCAAAAGAUAUGCUUUUGAAAGGAGAUAAAUUUUUCUUAGAGGUGAGGGACUCCUUGGAGAAGUUGAGGACUAGGUUCUCUAGCUCUCUUAUGAAGCAGUCCUUGUCACUGGGUUCAGUGAAAGAGUUUCAUGAAAUUGAGGAGAUGUUGGUGCAUGAUAAAGCUGACUUUGAGGCUACUUUGGUGAGGACUACCAAUUGUGGUGGGCAAAUAGGACGGAAUGGCCAUGAGAUUGUUGAUGUGAGUUGGCUAAGUCAGGAGCUUCUUCUCUUGCUAUAUGUUUGGGACCAUCGUCUGAAUUCCCUCCGGAUGUAUAUUCAAGAUGGUAAUGCUAAUCAUGAACCAGAUCAUGAGUUCUCAAAGGAAGAUGUGGAUGCCACUUCAAGCAGUUCCCGUGUCAAAACAAGUGCCUCUGAAUCUGAUGGCAAAGGCUUGGAAGUUUCUGUUCAAGUUCCCAUUGAUGUUGUGGAAUCUCUCGCUCCUAAUGGUGACCUAUAUCCUCACAGUAUAAGGACUGCAUCUGAAUUUGAUUCCGCUGAGAAUUCAGGAAAUACGACUAUCACAGUCAGCACUUCGAACUUGUCUGGGGACUCCUUAGAGGGACCUGCUUCCUUGGUUGAUCAUGACAUCAGUAGCAAACCAUAUGAGCUUAGCUCUGUUACUGUCCCUAUUUUGGAUCCCAUGCAAGUAGACCUAUCUAACUCGUCUGUGAAGGAACCCAUGAGACAUAUUGAAAAAAUUGAUGGGUCUGGUCUGAAAACUGAAGAGACAGAAGCUGGUGGUUUACUCUCUGCCACAAGCUUGCCUAAGGAACAACAUUUUGGUUCAUCUUAUAAAUCAUUUAGUUUCAGAGCAGAAGGUCCGGAAGGUUGGGUUUGGUCUUCCUUUUCUGAAUUACAGAAGGAACUCAGAAAAGAUCUUCAUGGUGGUUACUUACAGAAGUUCUCAUUUAUCUAUAGUUUUAGACCAUUAUAUUUAUCCCCAAUUGGUGAUAUGAUUUAUCGGGACAUGGAUAAACUCCAUUUUCCAGUUGGCUUAGGUGGCAAUGUGAUAUCUGUCUGUGAGGAUGAAAUAUCAAGCAUAAUUGCUUGUGCUUUAGCACUCUCUGAGAGUCAAUGUGGUUUGCUAGGAAGUGCAGAUAAUAUGGAAUCAUGGGAUUGCAAAGGGGAAGCUGAUAAAUCAGUUGAUAGCACUUACGGCCUUAAGUCUGAUAUCUCUACUAUUUCAUAUUGGUCUUCAACUGGUUCUAUAGAUGAAAGAAUGCGCACAUCCCACAGCUAUUCGUCAUUAAUAUCUGAUGAGCUGUCUGCUUCAAUUUCUGAUGUUUUAUCAUCUGCAGAUCGCAUGUUAGCUUCAGAUAACCAGCAUCCUGAAAUUCCUGUUGGGGUGGGGAAAGUGGCUGGCAAGAGCAAAUAUUCGGUUGUCUGCAUAAAUGCAAAACAAUUUUAUGAUCUUCGAAAGAGAUGUUGUCCCUCCGAACUGGCUUAUAUAUCUUCCCUCAGCCGAUGCAAGAAGUGGGAUGCUCAAGGAGGAAAAAGCAAGGCUUUUUUUGCAAAGUCUAUGGAUGAGAGGUUUAUCAUAAAGCAAAUCAAGAAGACUGAGCUUGACUCCUUUUUAAAAUUUGCUCCUGAUUAUUUUAACCAUAUAACUGGCUCUUUAGAUUCAGGCAGCCAAACAUGCCUUGCUAAAAUCUUGGGGAUUUACCAGGUGAGACAAAAUAGAAGUGGCAAAGAAAUAAAAAUUGACUUAAUGGUGAUGGAAAAUCUUCUCUUUGGCCGAAAUAUCUCUCGCACUUAUGAUCUCAAAGGUGCUGUUUUCUCCCGAUAUAUUUCAGAUACUAAUGAUUCUGAAAAGGUUCUUUUGGAUCAAAAUUUUGUCGAGGAUAUGUGCGUCUCUCCUAUCUAUGUUGGUGGGAGAACAAAACAUCUGUUGCAGCGGGCUAUUUGGAAUGAUACUUCUUUCCUUACUUCAAUCAACGUGAUGGAUUACUCUUUACUUGUGGGAGUGGACAAACAGCGACGUGAGCUUGUUUUUGGCAUUAUUGAUUAUUUGAGGCAGUAUACCUGGGACAAACAGCUUGAGACUUGGGUGAAAACUUCUCUAGUUGUGCCCAAGAAUGCAUUACCAACUGUUAUUUCACCAAAGGAAUACAAGAAAAGAUUUAGGAAUUUCAUGACCAAAUAUUUCUUGACAGUUCCAGAUACUUGGUGCCAAGAGAAAUGUUCAGGCCCUUGCAGAUUCUGUUCUGAUAGCUGCCGCAAUGCAUCUUUCUCAGAGAGUGUAAAGUUGCCCGAAAGAUGAACUGAAAAUUCACAAUUUUCUCAAGCAUAUUUCAUUGUGAAGCUUUUUUCCUUCUCAUUUCUGUUCUCCUGACUUUGUGAGGACUCUGUAUAGAUAAUUAUGUUGUAUUAGGUCCUCCCAUUAUUUGCGAGUUUUUAGCAAAUUUCUGGGGUAAGUGCAUCCAGGAUAUAGUAUCACUAAAAAAAAUAUGUUCAUCUGUCAUAUAUAUAAAUAUAUAUAUCAUAUGAUUUAUGUUAUUUUUCA